UUCACAUCUCCCGGCCACUAAAGCUCCCUCUCAAAUCUCGACCCAUCUCUGUAGCUAGAGUUUCGUCGCCGGCGUUGCUCCAGUGGAUUCUCUCCGUCCCCUGCCACCUGCUGGAUGGUGCUCCUUGAACAGGGCCGCGCGGAGGCCCUCCUUCCAUAGGAUGUGUUGACGCGGUACACCCGGCGGCAGCGGCAUGUUCGGGAUGAGCGCAGGCGCGACGACCUUGUUCCGCUGGACGAUGGCAGCGGUGAACGCCGGUGCUCCUUCUCGUCCUCUACCUCCAGUGACGCGCGCCGGUACAACUCAGGCACCCCCGUCCCUGAAUCCCGUCCACGCAUGUCCAGCUCAUCCUCACACCCGUGGAUUCGCGUCCUGCUGUACACAUCACUUGCAUCGUGGUCGUGGAACUUUGCUCCCAUCUAAUCCAGUUGGGUUGUGUCAAAGGAAGGGAAGAGGGAAAUGUCUGGUUUGGUUGUGUAUAGGGAAAGGAAGACGGCAAUGUCAUGGAGCAGCUGCAAGGGCAUGCCAGGAGAGGAGGGCCGAAGAUGAAGGUAUGAUCGGGUCGUGGGCUCUUGGUGCUGCUCAUCAUAAUCUGCUUUGACAUGAUUGUUGCCAUCAGGAGGACUACCAGCAAGAACCUAAAUGACGUCCUCAAUAAUUUAAAUGUGUUGAUGAUGUAAACUAGAUUGUGCUGAUUUCCAACCUUGCCUAGUGUUGUAUUUAUUAAUUGAUGUUGUAAAUUAUCAUUACAUGGGGGAUUUUGUAAUCUGUUAUGUUGUAGGUAUGGCCGGAUGGCUAUGUAAAUAAUAUGUGAUCUGUGUAUUGUAUAACACAGAAAUACUUGGUUUUGGGGCAAAAUUGGAAGUAUUUGUGUGAAG